AUGGCUCCCACUCUGACGCCGGUUGGGUUGGCUGUCGUCUCCUCGAUCUCAACGCCCACUUCUCCUCCACCCCCCGCUCCCAGUCUCGGCUCUCUCCUUUCUGGGCCGGAACCUGCACGCCGUUUAUUCAACAUGUUUACCGCUCAUUCGGCCUCUCGCUAUGGUCUCCCAAUCACGGGCCCCAAAUUCUAUCUCAAAGUUCUGGUGCCGCUUUUUGGGUUGUUAGUCGCUUCGCCGCCGCCACUCUACCACGCUCAAAUUCCCUGUUCUUCUCGCCGUGCCGCCUGGCGUAGUCCGCCUGCUUCCGCCCCGCCGCCGUCUGCCCACCAGCACCGCCUGCAAUGCCCAACGCCAAAGUCGCCGCCGCCGCGCCGCCUCAAAGUUCUGCUCCGUGUUGCCCUCCUCUCUGCCCACCGCCCACUGCUUCUGCUGAGCAGCGUUCUUCGCAGGGGGCUCCUCCCGCCUCCCGCCUCCCGCGACCGACAGGCCUGCCUUGCAGGGGCGUCCUCGGCCUCCAGCCCUCGAGGUAGGCCGGGCCGAGAGCUGCAGCCCGCCCCACCCCUUCCCUCCGCCAAUCCGGGCAGGGCGGCGGCAGACGUCAUCGCGGCGGCCUGGGCGUCGGACGUGCCCUCCCAUUGGCGAAGUCACGGAGAGCCUCCGUCGGCCGGAGCAGCCAUGAGCGCGGCGGCCGGCGGGAGAGCCGGGCCCGGCAGGGAGCCUGCCAAGCGCCGCCCGCCCAACUCGCCGCCGCCGCCGCCGCUCUUCGACGACACCAGCGCCGCCCCCCCGUCCCGUCCCGUCUCCAGCCUCGCCGCGGCCUACGGGAGCUCCCUGGCGGCGCAGGGGAGGCAGCUCGUGGCCCAGCACAUCGACCGCUUCGUCCCCGUGGCCAGGCUGCAGUACUACUUCGCGGUGGACACCCUCUACGUGGGCAGGAAGCUCGGCCUCCUCCUCUUCCCCUUCCUGCACCGGGACUGGCAGGUGCACUACCAGCAGGACACACCUGUGGCCCCCCGCUUCGACAUCAACGCCCCAGACCUCUACAUUCCAGUUAUGGCGUUCAUCACCUACAUCUUGGUGGCAGGGCUGGCCCUGGGAACACAGAAUAGGUUUUCCCCAGACCUGCUGGGCUUGCAGGCCAGCUCGGCCUUGGCCUGGCUGAUUGUGGAAGUCGUGGCUGUCCUCCUGAGCCUCUACCUCGUGACGGUCAACACCGAUUUGACCACGAUCGAUUUGAUUGCCUUCUCAGGGUACAAAUACGUGGGGAUGAUCGUGGGCCUCGUGGCUGGGCUGCUUUUUGGGAAGACCGGCUACUUCCUGCUGCUGAGCUGGUGCUGCCUCUCUAUCUUCGUGUUCAUGAUCCAGACCUUGCGGCUGAAGAUCUUGUCUGAGGCUGUUGCAGAAGGGGUCUUGGUGCAGGGAGCUAAGAACCAGCUCCGCAUGUACCUGACGAUGGGCGUGGCUGGUCUGCAGCCGAUCUUCAUGUACUGGCUGACUUUCCACCUGGUUCGCUGAGGCCAACACAGGAUUCACUGGAAGCUGACACCGUGCAGCUAGCCUCCCAGCAGGGCACUCAGCUGCACAGGGGGCACCGCCAGCGAAACCUCGCACUGUGGCUGCCUGCUUCUCACGGCGUCCCCCUGCAAGGGCCCCGUGGCUGCCUGUGUGUGGCUGCUGGCCCCUUCCUUCCAAUGUGUUCUUGCUCAUUUGUGUGUCAGUAUUGGUGUGGAGGAGGGGGGGGGUCCACAACCCCGGGCGUUGUGUUUUGUUAAAUCCACCCGUUUGGAUGCUGCCGGUGGGCAACUUGUGUUCUAAUAUCAAGCAAAUAAAAUGUGAAACACCCCCCCCCCCCCCGCGGGGGGUGGCAGCA